GGGAGAGAGCUCAUGGUCUCUCCGUAAAAGAACAGGUCCUCCAGUGCUGGUGGGCUCCAGUGAAGAGCCUGUAGCUAGUUAUUUGCUGGGUGGACGGUGCCGUGGAGCGCUGAUGGAACACAGCUUGGGGACAGACUGCUUUCCAUCUCCGGAAUAAUUAAGUAGUAUUCCCCAUCUAUUCUGAAGCCCCUCCCUCUCCCCAUAUGGCCUGGGUGGGGUAGUUGAAGCCAAGGGGAGCUGAGGGGGGGAGUAAGCCGGAUAUGAACUUUGGUUUAUUGGGAACUUUGGCAAACAGAAGGGGGAGGAAGGAGAGCCCACAAAGUAAAAACAGUUGCUCUGGCCCGGACUAGACUGUGGUCAAGGUAGAGGGGUGGAAGGAAUGGGUGACCGGGUCCUUGGAUUGAGGGAAGUGCUUGUCCUUCAUGCUGCGGGGGUGGGGGGUGGGGCGAGGGGGCAGCGGCUUCAUGGGCUUUGGCCUCUGUGUGAUCGGCCUGGGGCUACUCUGGAGUUUAGGAGCGGGUGGCACUACCUUAUCUGGCUGGUGGCAACCUCUCUGAGCCCCCGCACCCCCCUUUCUGGAACCGGUCACAUUUCCUCACUCGGCCACUCAGGGCCCCCCUUCCUGAUCCUGUCCACCGGCACAAACAGGUUUGCGGGAGGACGCGCUACCACCUCAUACCCAGCUCUCCUGGAAGAGAGAGCGAGGGCCUGCUUAAGGGAGUUGGGGGGAGGGAGGGGUGGGGCGAAGUCGGGGGCGGGGCAGCUGCAGAGGUGAGGGGCUGCCCUGGAACCCGCUAUGCUCACCCUCCGAGGGGGCGGCCCUGGGGGGUAAAGGCGGGGUUCUCCGGGGGCGGGGCCAGGGGUUGGGGCCCCAGUUGCUCAGCCAGAGCACUGCGUACUGGGCCAGUCCGCCUGGCUUGCCGCCUUGUGUGCAGCCCUUCCUUAUGCUGGCCCCUCGGGCCGCAGAGACCACGGCCCCCAUGUCUCAGGCGGAGGCCGACCUGGCCCUGCGGCCGCUGCUCCCUCUCACCACUGCUGGGCCGCCUCGCUUAGGCCCCCCUCCUCGCCGGGUUCGCCGCUUCUCCGGGAAGGCUGAGCCCCGGCCGCGCUCCUCUCGAGUCAGCCGCCGCAGCUCCGUCGAUCUAGGGCUUCUGAGCUCUUGGUCUCAGCCAACUUCGACUGUUCUGGAGACGCCUGAUCUUCCGGAUGCCGCUGACCCCUGCCUAGCGAGGAGCCCACCGCCUAGCUCCGAAAAGCCCCCCGAGUGCACAUGGACCGAGGGCGACCUGGUUAAGGCUGCGGAGUCAUCAGGUCCGGAGCUCCCGGGCUCUGCUGGAGGCCCUGGGUCCGGGGAAGCACCAAGGGUCUCAGAAGCUGUGGCCAGGGAGCGGCAGCGGGAGCAGGAGGAAAAGGAGGACACAGAAACCCAGGCUGUGGCAACAUCCCCAGACGGCCGAUACCUUAAGUUUGACAUCGAAAUUGGACGUGGCUCAUUCAAGACCGUGUAUCGAGGGCUGGACACUGACACCACUGUGGAGGUGGCCUGGUGUGAACUGCAGACACGAAAGCUGUCUCGAGCGGAGCGGCAGAGGUUUUCAGAGGAGGUGGAGAUGCUCAAGGGGCUGCAGCACCCCAACAUCGUCCGCUUCUAUGACUCAUGGAAGUCAGUGCUGAGGGGCCAGGUUUGCAUCGUGCUGGUCACCGAACUCAUGACCUCGGGCACGCUCAAGACAUACCUGAGGCGGUUCCGUGAGAUGAAGCCAAGAGUCCUCCAGCGCUGGAGCCGCCAAAUCCUGAGGGGGCUUCAUUUCCUACACUCCCGGGUACCCCCCAUCCUGCACCGGGAUCUCAAAUGCGACAAUGUCUUCAUUACUGGCCCUUCAGGCUCUGUCAAGAUCGGGGACCUGGGCCUGGCCACGCUCAAACGAGCCUCUUUUGCUAAGAGCGUCAUCGGGACCCCGGAGUUCAUGGCUCCAGAAAUGUACGAGGAAAAGUACGAUGAGGCAGUGGACGUGUAUGCUUUUGGCAUGUGCAUGCUGGAGAUGGCCACUUCGGAGUACCCUUAUUCCGAGUGCCAGAAUGCUGCCCAAAUCUACCGCAAGGUCACUUCGGGCACGAAGCCCAACAGCUUCUACAAGGUGAAGAUGCCAGAGGUGAAGGAGAUCAUUGAAGGCUGUAUACGCACGGAUAAGAAUGAGAGGUUCACCAUCCAGGACCUGCUUGCUCACGCCUUCUUCCGGGAGGAGCGUGGCGUGCAUGUGGAGCUGGCAGAGGAGGACGACGGCCAGAAGCCGGGCCUCAAGCUCUGGCUGCGGAUGGAGGACGCAAGGCGCGGGGGCCGGCCGCGAGACAACCAGGCCAUCGAGUUCCUCUUCCAGCUGGGUCGGGAUGCGGCUGAGGAGGUGGCACAGGAGAUGGUGGCCCUGGGCUUAGUCUGUGAAGCUGACUACCAACCAGUGGCCCGUGCAGUUCGGGAACGGGUUGCUGCCAUCCAGCGAAAGCGGGAGAAGCUACGCAAAGCUAGGGAGUCAGAAGCCCUACCCCCUGUGCCAGGACCCCCACCAGCAACUGUCCCCAUGGCUCCUGGUCCCCGAGGUGUCUUUCCCCCUGAGUCGGAGGAGCCAGAGGCAGAUCAGCACCAGCCCUUCCUCUUCCGCCAUACCAGCUACUCAUCUACCACCUCGGAUUGUGAGACUGAUGGCUACCUCAGCUCUUCUGGCUUCCUUGAUGCCUCAGACCCUGCCCUGCAGCCCCCUAGGGAGGUGCCGUCCAGCCCAGCGGAGUCCCACCUCUGCCUGCCCUCGGCUUUUGCCUUAUCCAUUCCACGCUCUGGCCAAGGCAGUGACUUUUCAGCUGGAGACAAUUACGCCUCAGGUGCAGCAUCAGGCCUUAGUGAUGCAGGAGAAGGGAUGGGACGAGUGAGAAGACCCACAGGGAAAAAUCUUCGUCGCAGACCACGAUCUCGGCUUCGGGUCACUAGUGUCUCAGACCAGAGCGACAGAGUGGUUGAGUGCCAGCUACAGACACACAACAACAAGAUGGUGACCUUUCGAUUCGAUCUGGAUGGGGACAGUCCAGAAGAGAUUGCAGCUGCCAUGGUAUAUAAUGAGUUCAUUCUGCCCUCGGAACGAGCUGGAUUCCUGAACCGGAUUCAGGAGAUUAUCCAGAGAGUGGAGACCCUUUUGAAGAGAAAUACUGGAACUGUGGAGGCUGCUAAAGACCCUCUGGGCCCCCAGGAGGAGCCAGGACAGUUGUCUGCCUUCCAGACCCCCCUCCCAGACCCACCCACUGAACUCUCAAGCAGCAUUUCCCAGGAACAGAAGAGCUGGGCAGACUUCUCCACCUCCCCAUCUUCUCCUGGAACCCCACUGUCUCCCUUAACUCCGUUUUCCCCUGGAACCCCCAUUUUCCAAAGUUCCAUUUUCCCCAUCAUGUCCCCCCCAUGUCAUCCCAGCCCCUGCCUUUUCUCUCCAAUUUCUUCUCAGGUUUCCCCCAACUUGUCUCCACACACCUCCAGCUCUCCACUCCCAUUCUCCCCCAAUGCAACCCAGUUCCCAAGCCCAUCCUCUCACUUUCCCCACAAUUCUCUCCUCCCCAGCUCUCCACCCACACUCUCUCCCAGUUGUUCCCAGGUCACUUUGGCUCCUCCUUCCUUUCUUCCAUGUCCCUCUGCUCCUCCCCUCCCCUCCACAACAGCGGCUCCUCUCCUCUCUCUGGCUAGUGCCUUCUCGCUGGCUGUGAUGACUGUGGCCCAGUCCUUGCUAGCCCCCUCACCUGGGCUCCUUUCCCAGUCUCCUGCAGCCCCUCCAGGUCCCCUACCAAGCCUACCCCCACCUCCUCCCCCUGCUCCUUUUGACCAAGAGAGGUCUUCACCCUUGACAGCUGAGAUGGAAAGUGAGGCCUCUCCAAACCCUCCUCGACCACUCCUUGGUGAAGCUAGACUGGCACCCAUCACUGAAGAGGGAAAGCCCCAGCUUGUUGGGCGUUUCCAGGUGACCUCAUCUAAGGAACCAGCUGAGGCUCUUCCCCUGCAACCAACAUCCCCAACUCUGUCCAGUUCCCCGAAGCCUCCAACCCCUCAGCUGACCUCGGAGAGCUCAGACACAGAGGACAGUGCUAGAGAUGGGCCAGAGGCCAGGGAGGCUCUGGCUGAGAGUGACCGUGCAGCGGAAGGCCUGGGGGCUGGAGUUGAGGAGGAAGGGGACGAUGGGCAGGAGGCCCAAGUGGAGGGCAGUCCCCCACCCCUGAGCCAUCCCAGCCCAGUGUGGAUGAACUACUCGUACAGCAGUCUGUGCCUCAGCAGUGAGGAGUCAGAGAGCAGUGGAGAGGAUGAGGAAUUCUGGGCUGAACUGCAAAGUCUUCGGCAGAAGCACUUGUCAGAGGUGGAGGCACUGCAGACACUACAGAAAAAGGAAAUCGACGACUUAUACAACCGGCUUGGGAAGCAGCCUCCACCAGGGAUUGUGGCCCCAGCUGCUAUGCUAUCCAGCCGCCAACGCCGCCUCUCUAAGGGCAGCUUCCCCACCUCUCGCCGCAACAGUCUGCAGCGCUCAGAGCCCCCAGGGCCCGUGAAUUCAGAAGAGAAGUUGUAUGUCUCCCUCACACCAGGGGCCACCCUGGAGCUUGUGCUCUCAGAACCUGCUGACCAACAGAAGUCUACAUGGAUGACCCAAGCAGUGAGGGAGUAGCAGACCAGAGGGGCUUGGAGAACACCGUUCCACUGGAGAGAUGAGCCAGACAUGUGGGACUACUUGCUAUAUGGAGAAGGUGUCAGUUCUACAGCCUACUGCCCUUGUCCCUCCUGCCACCUCCUCAGCCAAGGGUCGACCACUAAGCAAUCCCACACAACCCCAGAUGCUUCUAUAGGGUACACUCCCAGCAAGGCAGUGGUAGGAGGUGUCCUCACACCAGAAUUAGCAGCCAAUAAAAAAGGUGGAAAUAGAA